AUGAUCAUCGGUGGGGCUGAAACUCCCCGGGGUCCGAUGAUGAAGAGAACAAAAGUCUCAAUCACUCGUGAAAAAAGAACUCGGGGCUACGUACCAGAGGGAUCCAUUUCUUUCAGUGAUGAAGAUGCAGAGGGCAUCAUGCAACCCCAUAAUGAUGCAUUGGGACUAUUAGAUAAGAUCGUGCUGGCAAUCCAGGUCCUUAAUGGACUCAAUAUGGCAUGCAAAGCUACAAAAAGAGCAAUUACCCUACCAGUGAAUACCGCCAGGAUGGUUCAACAUAUGAAGUUUUACGUCAUUGAAGGAGAAAUGUGGUAUAAUGCGUUGUUAGUUAGAUCGUGGGUGCAUGACAUGAGGGCGGUGCCUUCGACGCUGCACCAAAUGUUAAAAUUCCCAAUCCCGGAGGAGGUAAAGACGGUUCAUGGGGAACAGCCGGCGGCAAGGGAAAUUUUCGCAGUUGAAGAAACAGCUCACAUACCAAAGGCACCAUUGUUGAAUGAUGUUGACAAGUCAGUCAAAUAG